GGACGCGGGCGCUCACGUGACCACACCCGGAAGCGCGCCGCGGGCCCGCACGGCCGGGCGCGAGCAGCUUCCUGUGGUUCCUGCCUUGGAUCCUCAAAAUGUAAAUGAUUCUGGAGCCGGCGUGGUUCGCCCUGUUAUUUGACAAAGGGCAGCUGGGAAGUAAGAACGGAAAAUAAGCCCACUUCUACGUAAGAAAGCAGAGUUUGCUUCCCGCCUGGCUAUUCUUCCACCGCAGCCCUAGGAGGCAUUUGCAGGACCCUGGCUGCUGUGCCGCUCUCCAUGAGCUGGUCAUCGAAUCUGUCUACUGCAGCCCUUUCUGAAACUGGCUGUCUGGAGGCUCUGCUGUUCAUCUCAAGAUGAAGUGCGUCUUGGUGGCCACAGAAGGUGCAGAGGUCCUCUUCUAUUGGACAGAUGAGGAGUUUGAGGCAAGUCUGCGGCUGAAGUUUGGGCAGUCGGAGAAUGAGGACGAAGAGCUUCCUGCCCUGGAGGACCAGCUCAGCACCCUCCUGGCUCCAGUCAUCAUCUCCUCCAUGACUAUGCUGGAGAAGCUCUCAGAUACGUACACCUGCUUCUCCACAGAAAACGGCAGCUCUCUGUAUGUUCUUCACCUGUUUGGAGAAUGCCUGUUCAUUGCCAUUAAUGGAGACCGCAGUGAGGGUGAGGGGGACCUGCGGCAGAAGCUGUGCGUGCUCAAGUACCUGUUUGAGGUCCACUUUGGGCUGGUCACCGUGGAUGGCCAGCUCAUCCGGAAGGAGCUGCGUCCCCCAGACCUGGAGCAACGUGUCCAAGUGUGGGAGCAUUUCCAGAGCCUGCUGUGGACCUAUGGCCGCCUGCGGGAGCAGGAGCAGUGCUUCGCUGUGGAGGCUGUGGAGCGGCUGAUUCACCCACAGCUCUGUGAGCUGUGCAUAGAAGCCCUGGAGCGGCACGUCAUCCAGGCAGUCAACUCCAGCCCCGAGAGGGCCGGCGAGGAGGCCCUGCACGCCUUCCUGCUCGUGCACUCCAAGCUGCUGGCCUUCUACUCCAGCCACAAUGCCAGCCCCCUGCGCCCAGCCGACCUCCUCGCCCUCAUUCUCCUGGUCCAGGAUCUCUACCCCAGUGAGAGCACAGUGGACGAUGAUGACCCUCAGCCUUCUCCACGGAAGCCCCGGUCCAGCCAGAGCAUCCCUGUGCAGCAGACCUGGAGCCCUGGUUCCACAGCCCAGCCCAGGAGGAGUUCCGGAACAACUGAGACUGACAGCUUCUCCCUCCCUGAGGAGUACUUCACACCAGCUCCUUCUCCUGGGGAGCAGAGUUCAGGUAGCACCGUCUGGCUGGAUGAAGGCACCCCCCCAACUGAUGCUCCUCAGGUCCAGAUCACUGAAGACAGCCUCCAGACACUGGUCCCUCACUCCCCAGUCGCUUCCCGCCCCAGAAGGAUUUUCCUGGAUGCCAACGUGAAAGAGAACCACUGCCCCAUGGUGCCCCACACUGUGUACUGCCUGCCCCUGUGGCCAGGCAUCAACAUGGUGCUCCUGACCAAGGGCCCCAGCACCCCCCUGGCCCUUGUUCUAUACCAGCUGCUGGAGGGGUUUUCUCUCCUGGAGAAGAAGCUGAAGGAGGGGCAGGAGGCCGGGAACACCCUGCGCUCCCACCCCCUCAUGGGGGACCUGCGUCAGAGGAUGGACAAGUUUGUCAAGAAUCGUGGGGGGCAAGAGAUUCAGAGCACCUGGCUGGAGUUCAAGAGCAAGGCUUUCUCCAGAAGCGAACCUGGAUCGUCCUGGGAGCUGCUCCAGGCGUGUGCGAAGGUGAAGCGGCAGCUUUGUGCCAUCUACCGGCUCAGCUUCCUGACCACGGCUCCCGGCCGGGGGGGCCCGCACCUGCCCCAGCAGCUGCAGCACCAGGUCCAGGCCACCAUGCAAGAAAAGCUGAUGGACUGGAGGGAAUUCUUGUUGGUGAAGAGUAGGAGGAACGUCACCAUGGUGUCCUACCUAGAAGACUUCCCAGGCUUGGUGCAUUUUAUCUACGUGGACCGUACGACUGGCCAGAUGGUGGCCCCUUCCCUCAGCAGCAGUAAGAGGAUUUCAUCAGAGUUGGGCAGGGGCCCUCUGGCCGCCUUCGUCAGAACCAAGGUCUGGUCUCUGAUCCGGCUGGCACGCAGAUACCUGCAGAAGGGCUACACCACGCUGCUGUUCCGGGAGGGGGACUUCUGCUUCUCCUACUUCCUGUGGUUCGAGAACGAGAUGGGGUACAAACUCCAGAUAAUAGAGGUGCCUGUCCUCUCAGAUGACUCGGCCUCCAUCGGCGUGCUGGGAGGAGACUACUACAGGAAGCUCCUUCGCUACUAUAGCAAGGGCCACCCCGCUGAGGCUGUCAAGUGCCACGAGCUGCUGGCCCUCCACCUGUCUGUCAUCCCCACGGAUGUGCUAGUGCAGCAGGCCAGCGAGCUGGCCCGGCGCCUGUGGGAGACCUCCCGUAUCCCCUUGCUCUAGGCCAGGGCGCACUGCCCUGGUGCAGUCUGUGCCCAGCCCUGGUACCCAUGCAUAGCUCCCCACCUAGGAAUAGGACAACCCUCCUCCCAGGUCUCUUAAAGAAAUCACCUAGACUGGUCUCCCUUUCAGGUACCAAACCCCCAAAUCCUUCUCUUUGGGGAAGGAGGGAGGCCAAGGUGGAGUUCCCUGGGUCUCCACAAAACAAUGGUGGCUGUGAGGUUAGAACGGAUUCAGCUGCUUUCAGAGCUGCCUCUCCAUUUAUCACCGGGAGACAGGAAGUCCCCAGUGCCUGCAGGUGCCUGAAGAUACCUCCUUUAUGCUUCUCCUAGAGUGGAGAAAGAGCGCCCUCAGGAACACAUUCCUCUCCCCAAAUGAAAGGUGCUGCCUUGGCUGGGUGGGAAUUCCAUCUGUGCCACUUUCUCUCUGCAGUCUGGGCAGGUUUCCUACACUCCAAACCUGUUUGCCCACGUUUAGAGGGAUGGCACCCACCUCUUAGGGUGGUUGUGAGGACUGCCCGACACACAGCAAGUGCUAAAUAAAGGCUGGUUGUGGUUAUUGUUGUUCAA